AACGAAGCUCACCAUCAACCAUGCCACGAAAUCGUAAAAAGCACACAGCCGCCGAUAGCUGGCAGCACAAUAAUGAUCAAUCGGACGACGAAACGUCGAACGAUAAUGCGAGCACCUACUCGUGCCAUUCGGAAACGCAGCUAGCGGAUAGUCCGAACGGUAGCAUCGAGUCGGGCGAGUCGGGCGAAUCGGGCAGCGGUGGGUUUGAGAAGUACGAGGAGAAGCUUCUGCAGGCGAUCGAGAAUGCGUCGGACAAGGCGCAACAGACGCGUAUCAACGCGCUCCAGAUCAUCAACGAGGUGUUGGUGCACCACUACAUCCCGGACUUUCUGGAGGACCGGAAGGUGACGCUGAUGGAUGCGGUGGAGAAGUCGCUGCGGCGCGGCAAAGGCGUGGAGCAGUCGUGGGCCGCCCGCAUCAUCCCGCUGCUGGUGAUCCAGAUUGAAGCGCUGGAGGAUAUCGGUGAGCUGGUGACGGUGCUGAAGCCGGCGCUGCUCAGUACGGCACAGGACGGGUCGGCUGCGUACGAUGCGCGGGCAAAGUGCUGUGCCGCGCUCGGCUUGCUGUGCUUCGUCGGUGUGGACGAUCUUGGCGAGAUACUGCCGCUGAUGAAGGUGCUACAGAGCAUUUUUGCCGGCAGCUUCCUGAAGGGCGACAAUAGCCCGAGCGGUGCCAGCAACGAUGCCGGUGCGCUGCACAGUGCGGCACUGAGCGCUUGGGCGCUGCUGCUGACGCUGCUGCCGCCGGGCGAGUUUGUAGCGCUGAUGGGCGGCGGUGCCGGAACCGGGAUCGUACCGUCCGUGCGCAAUCUGGUCGGCAUGCUGCAGAGCCCGAUACUGGAAGUGCGCAUGGUGGCGGGCGAAACGCUCGCGCUUAUGUACGAGCUCGGCCGCCAGCACGACGACGAGUUCCUGGAGGACGAGCUGCCGGAUCUGAUCGAGUUGGCCCAGAAGCUGGCGACCGACGCACACAAGUACCGGGCAAAACGGGACCGCAAGGUGCAGCGGGCCACCUUCCGGGACGUGCUGCACUAUCUGGAGGAGGACAUUUCGCCCGAGAUUGGCAUCAAGUUUGGUCGCGAGCUGCUGGUGCUGAACACGUGGGCCAUCCACCAUCAGUACACGUGUCUGCGGAAUGCGCUCGGCUUUGGCAUGAAUGUGCACUUGGCGGAGAAUGUGUUUGUGCGGGAGGUGUUCCAGCUCGGUCCGAAGAUGGACGAACCGGAACGGCUGCGGAAAACGGUAAAAGCCGAACAGCGCUUCCUUAAUGCGGCCGCCUUUAAGGCACGCACGAUUUCGCGCGGCAAAAACCGCGACAAACGAUCGUUUGCGCUUAAUUAAGGAUCUUGCUCUUGUUUGUUUUUUAUUUGUUU